AUGCAGCAGCCCCCACUGCCCGGCCCCCCUACUGGGCUCUAUCCGCCCCAGCUCCAAGGGCUUCCUCGUAUGUCGCAGCCGGGGCUGAGACCUGGUCUGAACGGCAGCGAGAUAUCGAUCCCAAGUUCGGCACACCGUCUUCAACUGCUCCCCGAGGUAGAGCGCCUCAACUUUGCCCCGGAGAUGUCAUCGCAUACAGGGACUCUGUUCUUCCAGGACGACAAAUCCCGCAUUCAUUUCGACUUCACUGGGCGAGUUGUAGCCCGCCCACAAGACGGACGCUCGUACAUAAACAUCGAUGGCACACUGGCUUGCUUUCUCCGAAACAACUUUGAGGUCAACAGCUGUCGUUUCUGGCUGCCGACAUUCUCUGCCGGUAGGGUGGUUUGCUUCGAAGGACGCCGCAACUCCGGAAAGCCGCUCCAGGGUCAAGUUAUGGGCUUUAGCAUCGUUGUCUCGGCCGUGGCGAGCACGCGGGACGUCGUGGACCUGGUCCAGGAUACGCGCAUGGGCGACAAAGUCACCUUCACAAAGCCAGAGGCAGCAAAGCUGCUUCCAGGCAAACCCGAGGAGCCUGUCGGUCAGGCGAACAGGUACAAGGGGGUACCCGCAAUUCCUUUUCAGACACUGGAGGGCUGCGACUCACUCCACGACUUCAAGCGCCUGCGGUUCGGGAGGGCCACGAUGAACAACACGAAGCGUCGCCCGAGGCGCCAGGAGUACUUCAAGAUCCGCCUCGAGCUCCAGAUCCGAGUCAAGGACGACAAAACCCAGGUGGUGUACCAGCUCGCGCUCGCCCACAAGGACACGAACGAGUUCAUCGUGCUGAGGGGGGCCCCACGGUCGGGGGGACGACGUGCUGACGAGAACCCUCCAGUGUCGACACCUUUGGCUGUUCCCAUUACGACGGCGCAACGGCCGGGGACGCGGCGCCUUGCCCCUCGACCACCGAGGUGA